AUGUCUGUCCAAUUUUUUUCAAAAUUAAGUCAAAAUUACAUUGAAUUAUUGAAAGAUGAUGAAUAUUAUGAUAUUACAAUUGAAGUUGGUGAAGAUCCUAACGUAAAAAUAUUUCUUGGUGAAGAUCCUAACGUAAAAAUAUUUCGUGCUCACAUGAAUAUUUUGUGUUACCGUUCUCCAUAUUUACGACGAAUUUUAGCUUCCAACAAAAAGAACAAUGAUAAUAUAUUAGCUCACGUAAAAUUACCAAAAAUUUCACCAGAAAUAUUUCAAAUUAUUUUAGAGUAUAUUUAUGGUGGUAUUCUUUCAUUGAAUACGCAUGACAUUUCAGAUUCUCUUAAAGUUUUGGCCGCUGCAGAUAAUCUUCACCUUCAAGAACUAGUUGAUUAUUUACAAAAAUAUUUAAUUGAAAAUAAUUCAGAUUGGAUAGAACAACAUUUUGGGUUUACUCAACAAAUUAGUUCACAAUCUAAUAAUUUAUUAGAACUUCAAGAAUUUUGUACAAAUUUUAUGGCUCAAUCACCCGAAAAAAUAUUCAAUUCUUUUGAUUUCACUUCACUUUCUGAAAAAUCUUUAAUUUCACUUAUUAAAAGAGAUGAUUUACAAAUGAAAGAAAUUGAAGUAUGGGAACAUGUAUUAAAAUGGGGUCUUGCACAAAAUCCAAAUCUUAUUCCAGAUCCUAAAACUUGGUCAGUUGAUGAUUUUAAAACGAUGAAAAAUAUCUUACAACACUGUUUGCCUUUAAUUAGAUUUUUUAGUUUAUCUUCUCUAGAAUUCUCGCAAAAAGUUCGUCCAUAUCGUAAACUCCUAGAUGAACAACUAUAUGAAGAAUUAUUAAAUUCUUAUUUGGAACCUGGUAGUGCGUCAAAAUACAACGUUUUAAGUCCAAGAAAAAUUAAGAAUAAUGAAAUUAAAAUUGAUGAUUCCCAAAUUAUUGAUUCAAAAAUUGUUAAUUCUAAUAUUAUUUCAACUGUUUCAAAAUGGGUUGAUAAAGUGGUUAUUAGCAAUGAUAAUUAUGAGGAAUUAUAUUUACCAUAUAAAUUUAAAUUAUUAUUAAGAGGAAGUCGAGAUGGAUUUACUCCUAACAAAUUUCAUGAAUUAUGUGAUGGCAAAGCUAAUACAGUUACAUUUAUUAAAGUAAAAGGAAAUGAAGAAAUUCUUGGUGGAUAUAAUCCUUUGAAAUGGGAAACUACCGGCAAAUGGUGUAAAGCUAAUGAUAGUUUUAUUUUUUCUUUUAAAAAUAAGAAUAUUAAAGAUGCGAUUUUAAGUAAUGUAAAAGAUGCAAGUCGUGCGUUAGAUUAUAGCGGUGUAUGUGGUCCAAGAUUUGGAUGCGAUCUUACCAUAUAUAACAUCAAUAACCCUGCUGCAGCUUUUGAUACAACUUAUUGUAAUAAAAUGUCUUAUGAAAGAAGCAUAAGAGAUACUAGAGAAGCUUUUUCAAUAGAAGAUUAUGAAGAUGAUGAAUAUUAUGAUAUUACAAUUGAAGUUGGUGAAGAUCCUAACGUAAAAAUAUUUCGUGCUCACAUGAAUAUUUUAUGUUACCGCUCUCCAUAUUUACGACGAAUUUUAGCUUCCAAUAAUAACAGGAACAAUAAUACUAAUGAUUUAGUUCAUAUCAGAUUUCCAAAUAUAUCACCGGAAAUUUUUCAAAUUAUUUUAGAAUAUAUUUAUGGUGGUAUUCUUUCAUUAGAUGAAAAUGACACUUCAGACUUUCUUAAAGUUUUAGCUGCGGCAGAUGAACUUAGUCUUCAAGAACUAAUCGAUCAUUUACAAAAAUAUUUAAUUGAAAAUAAAUCUGAAUGGAUAGAACAAAAUUUCGGAUUAACUCAACAAAUUAUUUCACAAUCUAAUAAUUUAUUAGUACUUCAAGAAUAUUGUACAAAUUUAAUGGCUCAGUAUCCUGAAAGAAUAUUUGAAUCAUUCGAUUUCACUUUACUUUCUGAAACAUCUUUAAUUUCGCUUAUUAAAAGAGAUGAUUUACAAAUGAAAGAAAUUGAAGUAUGGGAAUAUGUAAUAAAAUGGGGUCUUGCACAAAAUCCAACUCUCAUUUCAGAUCCUAGAACUUGGUCAGAUGAUGAUUUCAAAACUAUGAAAAAUACUUUACAACAAUGUUUACCUUUAAUUAGAUUUUUUAGUUUAACAUCUGGAAUAAUAACACAGAAAAUUCGACCGUAUCGAAAACUCUUGGACCAACAACUUUAUGAAAAUUUAAUAGAUUCUUAUAUGGAUCCUGAUAGCAAUCCAAUUGAAAAUAUUUUACUUCCUAGAAAAAAUAUUAAAUUUGAUAUCGAUUCGAAAAUCGUUAAUUUAAAUAUUAUUUCAACAGUUUCAAGAUGGAUUGAUGAAGUGGAUGUUAAUUAUGAAUUUUCACAUUUUAGGGAAUUAUAUUUUCCAUACGAAUUUAAAUUAUUAUUAAGAGGAAGUCGAAAUGGAUUUACUCCUAAAAAGUUUCAUGAUUUUUGUGAUGGCAAACCUUAUACUGUUACAUUCAUCAAAGUAAGAGGAACAGAAGAAAUUAUUGGUGGAUACAAUCCUUUAAUAUGGGAAUCUUCACGUGUUUGGGGUGAAACUGAAGAUAGUUUUAUCUUCUCUUUUAAAAAUAGAGAUGCAGUUAUUAGCAGUGUAAAAAAUCCAAAUUAUGCAAUAGAUUAUAGCACUAUAUGUGGACCACAAUUUGGAUAUGAUCUCACAAUAUGCUCAACAGACAAGUUGGUAAAUUAUAGUAAAAUUUUUUGUAAGCAGCAUUUUUAUGAAAAGAAGAUAAGGGAUACCGAAGAUGAAUUUUUAAUAGAGGAUUAUGAAGUAUUUCAACUCAUUUAAUUAGAUAUUGCAUGAGGGUAUUUACAUAGUGGUUAACGAUCACUUCGUGGCGUUACCAAUAUAACGCAGAUCAUGAAAAAAUUUUUUUAUAUUCUUAUUACCAGAAUUAGAAUACUAGUAAUUAAGUUGAUUUGAUAAUUGUGGACACCUGGAAUUAACUGUAAUAUUUAUCAUGUACGCAAUAAAACUUUUGAUGAUUGAUUUAAUAUUGUAUGAUGAUUAGCUAUUGAUGAAAAUAUUGGUUAAAUAAUCCUAUAGGGCGCGUGCGAUAAAUAUGAGUGCCAUAAAUUUAAUUAUUUCUGAAAUGGGUUUAUUUUUUUUAAAUAAAAAUUUUUCC